AUGGCUGCGACCGGCCGAGCGAUUCGCCUGGUGAAUUUUGGCAUCAGGCUGCUUCAGCUUUUCGCCUCUGUCAUCAUCUUCGCAAUCUUUAGUUACUUCCUAGCAAUCCGCGCAGCCCCUAACACGAAUAGGUAUGGUGAAUGGCAUAAGGCGGUUACCGGGAUUUCCGGCGCCGCAACAUUUUACACCCUUCUUGCCUCGGGCUUCACCCUCAGCAUCGGAGGAGUUCCAUUCUUCUCCUUUCUCGCGGUUAUGCUUGACCUGUGCUUUGCCAUCGGCUUCCUAGCCAUCUGUAUCAUGACUCGGCACGGGGUACAGAGCUGCUCAGGCCGAGUGGAAACGCCAAUAGGAGACGGCUAUACCACCGUGCCAGGCGAAGCCCAUGGUGAAAGAUACCCUCCUAGGCGCGACGACCCUCAUACUUACAUGCCGGACCUAGCUACUGCUUGCAGAUUAGAGAAAGUCGUCUUUAUCGUAUCCAUCAUCGGAGUUUUCCUCUUCCUCUUAGCUAUCCCUGCCCAGAGGAAAUAUACAAAGUACCACCAGCAUACAAAGAACAUCACCGGCAAUGUCCCGGCAAAGCGCACUUCAACCAGAUUUGGCAACCGUCUUUGGCCGUCGCGGACGUCCCAGGCACCAACAAAAGGCCUGACUGGAAUCGAAUACAGCAAAGGUAAUACUUCUACUGGGGUUAUUCCUCUGGAGAAUAGACGGGAUAUAGACAAGGCUCCUGGUUACACCAGCAUAUCCCAGCCGCUCACGACGAAUAGCAAUGUCAAUGCAUACCCGGAACACAACUAUCUACAGCCCGGCGGCCAAGGAAGGGGUAAUAACCUGGCAGGAUUUAACCCAAGUUACGAAUAUGGGAAAAGGGCGUACACUGUCGGCAGUCCUCAACCACCACUUUCCCCCACCUCUACCGAGAACACAAAUCCUUGGAGAUCGGAUUAUGCAGAGUACGCCUAUGGCCAAAGUGGUACAGAAUCUUACGAAUACGCUCAUGGCUAUGGCAAUACCUUGUAUAAAAAGUGA